CAGUAAAUAAACCCAUAAUCCGUGGCCAUUUCUCACUCCUCCUCCUCCUCCUCCUCCUAAGUCCAAAAUCCUUCUCGCCCAGCAUCUUCCUCUUCUUCCUCCACGUUCUUCCUCUCACACCACUCGCCAAACCCAUCAAUUUUUCUUUUCCAAAAACAAUUUCGUAUUUAUUAAUAGGUGUUUCCUUUAAUUAAUCCGAUUUCGGCCAUUGAAUCUUUGACUUUUUAAGCUAUUUCAACUAUUUUAUAUAAUUUAAAUUUAUGGUUUUGUUUAAGUUCGAAAACUUUUGCGCUUUUGAAUUCCUUGUGUAAUGUAAACGCUGUAGCAAUGCCCGAAUCAAAUCGUCAAGCUCCUAUGUACAAUUCGGGAGCGAUGAACAACAACAUAGAGGGUCAUAUUGAGGACGAAGAAGACGACGUUGCGGCCGCCGAGGAGUCCAUAGACAACCCCCAGAUGCGCUUCGAGGACGGCGCCGUGUCGGUGACCUUAAACGGUGCCGUUCAGGAGAGUGCUCCUAUUUCUAUGUACGUUCCCGGGUCUGAGUAUCCUCCGGUGCCCGGGAACGGUAGCUCUGACCAGCUCACGCUCUCGUUCCAGGGCGAGGUCUACGUGUUCGACGCUGUUUCGCCGGAUAAGGUGCAGGCAGUGUUAUUACUUUUGGGGGGAUAUGAAAUCCCUUCUGGCAUUCCUGCCGUGGGGACGGUCCCUCUUAAUCAAAGGGGCAUGAACGACUUUCCUGGAAGGUCAAUUCAACCACAGAGAGCUGCUUCCUUAAGUCGAUUCAGGGAGAAGAGAAAAGAGAGAUGUUUUGAUAAGAAAAUCCGUUACAGUGUGCGGAAAGAAGUUGCACUCAGGAUGCAACGUAAAAAGGGUCAGUUUACAUCAUCCAAGGCUAUAUCUGAUGAAGUGGGCUCAGAUUCUUCAGUUCAUAAUGCAACACAGGGUUCUGGGCAAGAUGAUGGCUCGCAGGAAACUUUAUGUACACACUGUGGAAUCAGUUCAAGGUCAACUCCGAUGAUGCGUCGUGGGCCAACUGGUCCAAGAACUUUGUGUAAUGCAUGUGGGCUCAAGUGGGCCAACAAGGGAAUUCUACGAGAUCUUUCUAAGGUUCCCCCCAUGGGUAUCCAGGAUCCUUCUGUGAAGCCAACUGAACAGGUGAGCAGCGCCCCUUGUGAAGAACAUUCUGUUUGUUCUUUGAGCCUUCCCCUACCAGAGUGAUGGUGAAGCUAAUGACUCAGAUGCUGUAACCCAGGCUGCAGAACUUGUCUCCUCUUCUAAUGGCGAUAACUCAGCUGUAACUGUGGAAAGGUGAGUGACAAGAUGCUUAUCUUGCGGCAACUGCCACGCCCAUUUUUUCUUUUUCUUUUUUUUGUUUUUUUUUGAAAGUAUGUUAAAAUUGACCUAAAUUCACCUGUAAUAACUUUCAAAUUGCUCUACUAACGGAUGUACAUACAAUCCAGUGCCCUCUACUCUUAAAUACUUAUCAUUUCUGUAAUUUGAGUGUACUAGUGUAUGGACCUUAAUGGAAUUGCUGUCUAAAUUUUGUCAUC